UGACGCGCGGCCCGCGCUUCCGCGUCGGGAGCCGGCGGCGGAUCCCGGGACGCGGAGACCCGGGGUCCCGGCAGCGGGGCGGCCCGCGGGCCCGGGGCUGGGAUGCAUCGCCGCGGGGUGGGAGCCGGCGCCAUCGCCAAGAAGAAGCUGGCCGAGGCCAAGUACAAGGAGCGAGGAACUGUCUUGGCUGAGGACCAGCUGGCCCAGAUGUCAAAGCAGUUGGACAUGUUCAAGACCAACCUGGAGGAAUUUGCCAGCAAGCAUAAGCAGGAGAUCCGGAAGAAUCCGGAAUUCCGGGUGCAGUUCCAGGACAUGUGCGCCACCAUCGGGGUGGAUCCUCUGGCCUCUGGAAAAGGAUUUUGGUCUGAGAUGCUAGGCGUGGGAGAUUUCUAUUAUGAGCUGGGUGUUCAGAUCAUCGAAGUGUGCCUGGCCCUGAAGCACCGGAAUGGAGGUCUGAUAACUCUGGAGGAACUACAUCAGCAGGUGUUAAAAGGAAGGGGCAAAUUCGCACAGGAUGUCAGCCAAGACGACCUUAUCAGGGCCAUCAAGAAGCUGAAGGCGCUCGGCACCGGCUUUGGCAUCAUCCCCGUGGGUGGCACCUACCUCAUUCAGUCUGUUCCGGCUGAGCUCAAUAUGGACCACACGGUGGUGCUGCAGCUGGCGGAGAAAAAUGGCUACGUGACCGUCAGCGAUAUCAAAGCCAGUCUUAAAUGGGAGACCGAGCGAGCGCGGCAAGUGCUGGAACAUCUGCUGAAGGAAGGGCUGGCCUGGCUGGACCUACAGGCCCCCGGGGAGGCCCACUACUGGCUGCCCGCUCUUUUCACGGACCUCUACUCCCAGGAGAUUACAGCCGAGGAGGCCAGAGAAGCCCUCCCCUGACUCUGGGAGCGCCCGGGGGGUGGGGGCCCAGCAGCUGGCAGGGAGAGGAGGGGAGAGCGGUUGGCGAAUAAAACCCGAACAACUUUG